GCGGCCACGAGCCCCGCGGCGCCGGCCGCGCAGGAGGCGCUGGAGGCGGCCGGUCGCAUCAUCGACCGGCAGAUCCAGGACGACCGCUGCUACCCAGACCUGUCGGAGCUGCUGGCGGUGCCGGCACCCGGUAGCCCUACUGUUUCUGGUAUGUCGGAUAUGGAUUAUCCUUUACAAGGACCAGGUUUGCUGUCAAUACCUAAUCUUCCAGAGAUCAGCUCAGUCCGCAGAGUCCCACUUCCACCAGAGCUAGUGGAGCAGUUUGGACAUAUGCAGUGCAAUUGUAUGAUGGGAGUAUUUCCAGAGAUCAGCAGAGCUUGGCUGACCAUCGACAGUGACAUCUUUAUGUGGAACUAUGAAGACGGGGGAGAUCUGGCUUAUUUUGAUGGCCUUAGCGAAACUAUUCUUGCAGUGGGUCUUGUAAAACCAAAGGCAGGUAUCUUCCAGCCUCACGUACGACACUUACUUGUUCUGGCUACACCAGUGGACAUUGUGAUUUUGGGGCUUCAUUGUUCUAAUAUACAACCAGGUACUGGAUCACUCAAUGACAGCAUGUCUGGAGGAAUGCAGCUGCUACCAGAUCCUCUGUAUUCACUCCCUACCGACAAUACCUACAUCCUGGCAAUUACCUCCAGUGAUAAUGGGCGCAUCUUUUUGGCUGGAAAAGAUGGCUGCUUAUAUGAAGUAGCAUACCAGGCUGAAGCAGGCUGGUUUAGUCAGCGCUGUAGAAAAAUAAACCAUUCAAAGAGCGUGCUGUCUUUCCUUGUUCCUUCAUUGCUACAGUUCACAUUCUCAGAGGAUGAUCCUGUGGUUCAAAUUGCCAUUGACAACUCUCGAAAUAUCUUGUACACCCGCUCCGAAAAAGGAGUCCUGCAAGUUUACGAUUUGGGGCAAGAUGGUCAAGGAAUGACCAGGGUUACUUCUCUUUCACAAAAUGCUAUAGUUUCUGCUGCAGGGAGCAUUGCCAGAACAAUAGAUCGUUCUGUAUUUAAGCCUAUUAUUCAAAUAGCAGUAAUUGAAAAUUCUGAAUCCAUAGACUGUCAACUACUAGCAAUCACCCAUGCAGGUGUCCGACUGUAUUUUAGUACUUCACAAUUUAAGCAUCCAACAGCUCGUCCUUCCAUGUUAACUUUGGUUCAUGUCCGUUUGCCACCUGGAUUUUCAGCUUCCUCUAAUGUAGAGAAGCCCUCAAAGGUUCACAGAGCUCUUUAUAGCAAAGGGGUCCUGCUGAUGGCUGCUUCAGAAAAUGAGGAUAAUGACAUUCUGUGGUGUGUCAAUCAUGAUUCUUUUCCUUUUCAAAAGCCAAUGAUGGAAACACAGAUGACCACCCGUGUUGAUGGACAUUCUUGGGCUCUUUCCGCUAUUGAUGACUUUAAAGUUCAGAAGAUUGUAACACCACUAAAUAAAGAUAUUAUUCCAAUAACUGACUCACCUGUUGUUGUGCAGCAACACAUGCUGCCACCUAAGAAGUUUGUUCUGCUUUCAGCCCAGGGAAGCUUUAUGUUUCAUAAACUCAGACCUGUCGACCAGCUGCGGCAUCUGCUUGUUAGUAAUAUAGGUGGAGAUGGAGAAGAGAUAGAAAGAUUUUUCAAGUUGCAUCAGGAGGAUCAGGCCUGUGCCACUUGCCUUAUUUUGGCCUGUUCUAAUGCUGCAUAUGAUAGAGAAGUAUCUGCCUGGGCUACUCGAGCAUUCUUCAGGGCUCAUCAACAAAGGAAGCUUUCUGUAAUGGGAUUAAUUUUACAAGUAAAUGUACUUUUCCCAAGUCUAAAUGUUUGGAUUUUUUUUAUCAUAUUCUGUCAUAUAUGCCUCUUUCAAACAUAUUAUCAAAGCACAUGUUUCCAUUUUGCUUCAGUAACAGGUCCAGGUGGAAGAUGGCACCAUUCUUCUGCUACUACUUUCUCGGUUUGCUCAAAGGGUUCCCCUUUGACUGUUGAUAGUCCAUAUCCUAAUCCUAGCUUUUUGACAUCUGGACAAGGUUUCCAACCUCCUGCUGUGUCAACUCCCGUAUUUCCUGCUGGGAAUUCCAUGUCUCACCCUGGUGCAUCUGUUAGCGGAAUGAUGGGUCCCGAGAUAGUAUUUUCUGGAAGACACAACGGCAUCUGCAUAUACUUUGCUCGUAUUAUAGGAAAUAUUUGGGAUGGCAGUAUAGUUGUGGAGAGAGUUUUCAAGAGUGGCAAUCGAGAAGUUGUUGCAAUAGAAAGCAGUGUUCCAUCCCGUGUGCUGGAAUGUGUGCUACAAGAGCUAAAAGGUUUACAAGAAUUUCUGGAUAGAAAUUCACAGUUUACUACAGUAGGAGCCCUUGGAAACCCAAGUUUCAGCACACCAGCCAAUCUCCAACAGAGACUCCUGGGUUUUAUGCGGCCUGAUGGUGGAAGUUCUCAGCAGGUCCAGCAAGAACUUCAAAGGAAGUAUCAUGCUGAGGCACAGCUAACUGAGAAGACUUCACUUCAAGGCAUCCAACAGCUUGUUCGCAAAACCUGCCAGGCAUUGGCUUUGUGGAAGUUACUGUGUGAGCACCAAUUCAGUGUUGCUGUAGGUGAGCUUCAGAAGGAACUUCAGGAACAGCUAAAGAUUACUGCUUUUAAAGACUUGGUGAUUAGAGACAGAGAGUUGACUGGUGCACUCAUUGCUUCUCUCAUAAACUGUUACAUCAGAGAUAAUGCUGCUGUGGAUGGCAUCAUUGCCCAUUUGCAAGAUAUCUGUCCUCUUCUUUAUAGCACUGAUGAUGCUGUGUGUUCCAAGGCAAAUGAACUUCUUCAGCGCUCUCGACAGGCUCAGAGCAAAAUGGAAAAAGAGAAGAUGCUGAGAGAGUCACUGAAAGAGUACCAGAAGAUCAGCAAUCAAGUAGACCUUGCUAAUGUUUGUGCACAAUAUAGGCAGGUGCGUUUCUAUGAGGGAGUAGUAGAACUCUGUCUUACAGCUGCUGAGAAAAAAGAUCCCCAGGGUCUGGGCCUUCAUUUCUAUAAAAAUGAAGAACCAGAAGAGGAUGUUGUUGGACUCCAGGCUUUCCAAGAGAGAUUGAACAGCUACAAGUGUAUCACUGACACUCUUCAAGAGUUAGUGAAUCAGAGUAAAGCUGCUCCUCAGUCUCCCAGUGUACCCAAAAAGCCAGGUCCUCCAGUGCUGUCAUCUGACCCCAACAUGCUAAGCAACGAAGAAGCAGGGCACCAUUUCGAACAAAUGCUAAAGCUGGCUCAGCGUUCAACAGAUGAACUCUUCAGUAUUGCACUUUACAACUGGUUGAUACAAGCUGACUUGGCUGACAAACUGUUACAGGUUACUGCCCCCUUCUUGGAACCUUACCUGGUGCGGAUGACCAAGAUUGACCAAAACAAAGUUCGCUAUAUGGAUUUACUGUGGAGAUACUUUGAGAAGAACAGGAAUUUUAGUAAUGCUGCCAGAGUCUUGGCUAAGUUGGCUGACCUGCAUAGCACAGAAAUUUCUCUUCAGCAGCGUCUUGAAUACAUUGCACGUGCCAUUUUGAGUGCCAAAAGUUCCACGGCCAUAUCCUCUAUAGCUGCAGAUGGAGAAUUCCUACAUGAACUAGAAGAGAAAAUGGAAGUUGCAGGGAUCCAGCUUCAAAUACAAGAAACAUUACAACGUCAGUAUUCCCAUCAUUCUUCAGUACAAGACGCAAUCUCCCAACUUGAUGCUGAGCUGAUGGAUAUAACCAAGCUUUAUGGAGAAUUUGCUGACCCUUUUAAGCUCUCGGAGUGCAAGCUUGCAAUUAUACAUUGUGCAGGUCAUUCUGACCCCAUAUUGGUGCAGACUCUCUGGCAAGAAAUCAUUGAAAAAGAAUUGAGUGAUAGUGUGGCUCUGAGCCCUGCUGACAGAAUGCAAGCACUUUGUCUGAAGUUGACACUGCUUGGAAAGAUAUAUGCUGGCACACCUCGUUACUUUCCUCUAGAUUUUUUAGUGCAGUUUCUAGAACAACAGGUCUGCUCUUUGAACUGGGAUGUAGGUUUUGUAACAUACACCAUGCAAGAAAUUGGAGUGCCAUUGCAAAGGCUGCUUGAAGUAUAUGACCAACUGUUUAAAGCACGGGACCCAUAUUGGAAUAGAAUGAAAAAGCCUUUACACCUCUUAGAAUGUAUUCAUGUAUUACUAUCAGGAUACGUACAGGAUCCAAGCAGAGUAGCUAUGAGGCGGAGAUUCACAAAUGUUUGCUUGGAUGCUGUCAGUUGCUACUUGGUUGAACUUCAGUCUAUGAGCCCAACACUAAUGGUUCAGACAACUGUUGGGAAUUUUAAAUCUCUACAGGCCAAGUUAGAACGACUUCCCUGAUUGACUAGUGCAGUAACAGAAUCGUUAGUGCAGGUAAUGUAAACUGCACUGAAUCUCUGAAAGAACAAAUCCUCAGAAGAAAAUCCUAAGGAAGUUGUUUCUCCUGCUGGAGUUUUCUAUUAUGUAUUCAUGCUAUUCUAAAGGUAUCUACAAAUUGUAGAAUGUAAAUGUGACAAAUGGAGUGUCUUUUACAACUACCAUUUUUUUAACAAGAGAAAGCUUUUUUUUAGUGUUGAAAUAAAAUUCAUUGUUUGAUCUUUGCCUUGGGGAUAAGAAUAUUUAGAAAAUGUUUUUAUUUUACUUAAAGUAAUGAGGAAAAUCAGGAUGCAAAAUCUACUUGAUAGCUGGUUUAGAAUUAUCAAAACAAGAAAUGACAACUGCAGAAUGAUGAUAAAAGUGUAUGUAGAUGAGUCAGGUUGUAAAUGUGGUCAUACAGAGGAGUAAUGAUGCAGUCAUAACUACAAUAACGAAGAUAAUCAUUAUUUCAUAACUGUCACUUUAAAUAAAGCCUGCCUCUCUAAGUAGAAUGUUUGGGAUGAAGCUGCAGAAAUUGGCAAUCUAAUUUGUAUUGUUAGUGAAAGAACUUUUAAUAUUGUUCAUCAAAUUAUUUUCCCUAUUCCAUUCUAAUAAAAUGUUGUAUCUGUUAAAAUCAAAUAAAGAA